AUGGCUAGUGUGCCCAUGCCUCCGCCCGUGGUGGGUGAUGAUGACACCACCGUAACGGUCGUCCCCUCCACGACCUCCACGACCAACGCCGUCGCCGUCAGUGCCUCCGCCCCUCCCCCAGCUCCCCCACUGGCAACAACGACCAACUCGGCCGAUACCGCCGCAGAACAACCCGCUGCUGUGCCCAACGUCGCCGAACUUCCGGAACUUGCCCCUUCCCGUUCCCAACUGCCACUUGCUCCCAAUGCGGCGGCUCACCCACCCGCGGCCCACGUCCCUAACGUCGGCCAUCCCAGUGCAGCCGAGGGCACGGGAGAACCCCCUGCCAAGCGCCCUCUUCGCACUCGCGACCUCCUCAGUGACCUUGAGUAUCGGGAUCUGGUCACCCGCGUCCGCAAGCAGCGACCCCGUGUCCUGACGACCGAGGAGCGCCUUGAUAUGGUCCUACUCCAAGCCCACCUCCGCCAUGAAGCCUUCAAGACUCAAAAGGCCAGUGGUGGUAGCACACGUCGCCAAAAGCGCAAGUUUGCUGCCGACGUAGCCAGCAUGCUGCAUCGCUCAAGCAACCUAUGUGUCCAGGUGUGGCGUGAGUUUAUCGACCGCGGUACCGUGAGCCCCGCCCCCAAUCAAGGCCCACGUGGCGUCAAACAUACCAAGGUCCCCCACACAAAAUCCCUCCGCUUCCUGCUCAGGGAUUGGCUCAAUGAACGCACCAAUGCCCGUGAGCGCACCGUCGCCAAGGACGUCGUCGCCUUUCUUGUCCAACAAAAGGUCUUGCAGCCUGAAGCCGUGGCCAGCGAUCGUGCCGCCCGCUCCACCCUCCGCGUUGUCCAGCUCUUUAUCAAAGCCCUGGGCUUUCGCCGCUGCAAGCGUGCUGGCAAGCCCAUGUACCGCGAACGUGAUGAUGUCCUCCGCAAACGCAGCGUCUUUCUUGAAAAACUGCAGUCCUACCUCCAUUUGGCCCCCGUCGCCCCGCCAGAGCCGACCCAAGAAGGAAUCGCUCAGCCCCCCAUCGCCCAGGCCCCCGUCGCCCCCGCGCCAGAGGCCAGUGCCGCUCCUCCGGCCAUGGCCCCUGGCCCCUCGCCUCAGGUUGCGCCCGGCAGUCGCCGCUUCGUCUUUGUCAGUGAGAACUGUAUUCAUCACCACUUCCUGGGCCGUGGUCAUCGCCUAUGCUUCAGCGCUGCCGUCAUCUCCGGUCAGCCUGGCCCAUCAGGCAUGGAAGUCGACGCUGAACAUGCCCAGCUGCUUCGCGACACCGUUGAAAUUUUCGAGGAUAACAGUCCCGUCGACUUCCACCGCGCCUUCUCCGGAGCCUACUUCUCCCAGUGGAUGGGCAAACUGCUUGACUCACUCCAACGCCGUUGCAUCACCAACGCCGUCAUUGUCAUGGAUGAAACGCCCUAUCACAAGGCCCGCCCGAUGAACGAGCCCAAACGCACCUGGCCCAAGGCUGACCUCCAGCGCGCCUGCGAAGCGCGUGGCUUGCCCUGUGGUGACACCCUAACAAAGGACAUGCUUUGGCGCCACUUGCAAGAUGCCCUACACGAGGACGGCAAACCUGUAGCCGUUAUGAUGGCCGAGCAGGCCGGCCAUCAAGUCCUCUUCACGCCACCGCACUAUUCGGAACUGCAACCCAUGGAAAUGAUCUGGACGGCCGUCAAGCGCGAGGUUGGACUUCAGCAUCGCACAGACACCACUUUUGUUGAAGUGCGUGAGCGCCUGGAACACGCGCUUAGUGCUGUCGAGUCCAAAUACGUUGCCGAGGCCAUUGACAAGACCAUUGCUGUGGCCCAAGCCAUGCUGGACCGCGAACGUCAAAUCGACGCUGAAGAAGAUCUCCGCACCGCACGCGACGGCGAAGAGGCGUACGAAGACCUUGAUGAGGAAGACGAAGCGAGCGACCACGACGACGACGACGACGAAGAUGACGGCGGUGAAGCCAAUGAUGAUCAGGAAGACAUGUAA